AGAAGCGGCCGCCACCUCCAAUGUACAAGGUGUCUCAUCUGAGAAGAAACCUGAGCCCCAGGGAGGCGGCGCGGAGCGACCGGGGCAGGGCUGGCGGGAACCCGGAGGGAGAGCGCUGGGUAGCGCUCAAGGACCAGCGGAGCUCGGACGCAGAGGACCCUUGCGACCUGUUCCUGAGAUCCCGGUUCCACGUUCUCCUCGAAAUUUACAGAUUUUCCCCCGCGACUUAUCUCCCCCAAACGGAGCCUUUCUAUGAAGAGAAGGUGAGGGAGCUGAGGCAACCAGGACUUUCCCGGGCACCCAAGAUGCGCUCCAUUAGGAAGAGGUGGACGAUCUGCACGAUAAGUCUGCUCCUGAUCUUUUAUAAGACAAAAGAAAUAGCAAGAACUGAGGAGCACCAGGAGACGCAACUCAUCGGAGAUGGUGAACUGUGUUUGAGUCGAUCCCUUGUCAAUAGUUCUGAUAAAAUCAUUCGAAAGGCUGGCUCUUCAAUCUUCCAGCACUCUGUAGAAGGUUGGAAAAUCAAUUCCUCUUUGGUCCUGGAAAUAAGGAAGAACAUUCUUCGUUUCCUAGAUGCGGAAAGAGAUGUCUCAGUGGUCAAGAGCAGUUUUAAGCCUGGUGAUGUCAUACACUAUGUGCUAGACAGGCGCAGGACAUUAAAUAUUUCUCAGGAUCUUCACAGCCUCCUACCUGAAGUCUCACCAAUGAAAAAUCGCAGGUUUAAGACCUGUGCAGUUGUUGGAAAUUCUGGCAUUCUGCUAGAUAGUGAAUGUGGAAAGGAGAUUGACAGUCACAACUUUGUAAUAAGGUGUAAUCUAGCCCCUGUGGUGGAGUUUGCUGCAGAUGUGGGAACUAAAUCAGAUUUUAUUACCAUGAACCCAUCAGUUGUACAAAGAGCAUUUGGAGGCUUUCGGAAUGAGAGUGACAGAGAAAAAUUUGUGCAUAGACUUUCCAUGCUGAAUGACAGUGUCCUUUGGAUCCCUGCUUUCAUGGUCAAAGGAGGAGAGAAGCACGUGGAGUGGGUUAAUGCAUUAAUCCUUAAGAAUAAACUGAAAGUGCGAACUGCCUAUCCAUCAUUGAGACUUAUUCAUGCUGUCAGAGGUUACUGGCUGACAAACAAAGUUCCCAUCAAAAGACCCAGCACAGGUCUCCUCAUGUAUACACUUGCCACAAGAUUCUGUGAUGAAAUUCACCUGUAUGGAUUCUGGCCAUUCCCUAAGGAUUUGAAUGGAAAAGCCGUCAAAUAUCAUUACUACGAUGACUUAAAAUAUAGGUACUUUUCCAACGCCAGUCCUCACAGAAUGCCAUUAGAAUUCAAAACAUUGAAUGUGCUGCAUAAUAGAGGAGCUCUGAAACUAACAACAGGAAAGUGUAUAAAGCAAUAAAGCACAUUUGAAAACCUACAAACUGAAUACACACUUCUUUUCUGAAGAUGCUUCCUAAGAUUUGAAAAUGGGAUCCAAAACAAGACUGAGUGUCAGCAUCCACCAAGUAUCUAGAUGCAAGGUGAUAGAGGACAUUUAUGAGAAAUCUGCUACCAGCUGAUGAAAUACCUGCAAAGUGCUCUAAAAAAACACAUAUGUUGACUUCAAGGGUCCUAGUAAGUGCCACUUCCACUAAGAACACAGUUUGAAUGUAUAAUCAGUAGUGUUUACAAGAUCCAACAAUGCACUUGUCAUUAGUUAAUGAGGCAAAUGUGUUCAUCACUGUUGGGCUGCCAUGGCAACGCCAAGCACAUUAAAAGAGUCACCCAGGAACACAACUCAGCCCUGGGGAUUAAACCAUCCUUGUCAGCAGGAAUUGAGAUGGAAAUAGUUUGAGCAGUGAAAUCCGUAAGAUGAAACAACUCAAGUAAAUGCCUUCAGUCAGGACUCUGAGUCUGAUCAUGAACUUUAUGUUUUUGUUUUUGUUUUUUGUUUUUGUCUUCUGGAGUCUCUUUUGGUUUGGGUAUAGGGUGUUUAGAAAUCUUUUCUGAGAUAAAUAUGAAUGAGAUAAAUAACCUUCAAGGAAUCAUUUUUAAAGUUCUUAUAUUUUUAAAGAGCAAUCACAUGACGACUUUGUAAAAGAGUUUUCUUUUGCACAACUCUAGACCUCCAGAUUUUUUUCCAGGGGUGUAGAAGGUACCAGCUAAACUGUACCACUCAGUCAUCUUGAGCCAUUCUAAAGGAAAGAUGUUCUAUGUCAUCUGAGAUGGUAAAAUUAGCAGAAAGAAAACAAGCACUUUUGGUACCAAAGAUUGUGCUGAUGUUUCUACACAACAAACCAUUCUCCUUUCAUGAAAAUAAUGUAUUAAUAUAUUAUUAUGCUACUAAUAUGGAAGUUGUCUUUAGAGAUAUUAAAGCUUUCAAACUCAAACUUUAUCUUUAUUUGAAGGAAGAUUUCCAUAGCUUUUACAUUUCGUAAUAAUUUUGUGGAAGCAUUUUGCCCUUUAGAAUAAGUAUUAGACUGAUAGGGCUGAAAUGAGACUUCCAGUUCUUUGAUAUUCCCCUUAUUCCUCAAAUGGAAAGAUUGGCAUUCUCUUUAUAUCACUGUUAAAUUUUCUUAGUGCAGAAACAACAUGAUUAGUAGAAUGUUGUCUUCAUAACAGAUGAUUAAUUUUCAGAGGUUUAAUAAUGAAUCUGUGUGUCAGUAUUUGCACUUCAAGUGAAUUAAAUUGGCCAAUAUUUUCCUGUGGUUAAAUUUAUUCACAUUAUCACGUUAAUGUGUUUUCAAAGAAGCACAUGAGAUUAUUAAGAAAGUGAUUCAAAAAGUUUUAACAUGUGAUAGAAUUGACCAAUAGGCCAGUUUUCUGUUAACUUAUACUAUACUGGUAGGUAAUCCUAAUGGCAAAUUGUUUAGAAAGCAGGAGUACUAUGUUCCCACUUCUACUCUUAGCCUGAAACACUUACGUGACUUACUGUUUCUUACGGAAAGCAGUCUGAGGAAAGAAGAAAUAGCAUGGGGAAUAUGUAUGUUUUGUUUCUUAGGA